AGGCCCUGGGGCCGGAGCCCAGCCAGCAGGCACAGGUGGUCUUUGGCAGUGGGGACACCGUGGAGCUGAGCUGCCACCCACCUGGAGGUGGCCCCGUGGGCCCCACAGUCUGGGUCAAGGAUGGUGAGGGGCUUGCGUCCUCGGACCGCAUCCUGGUGGGGCCCCAGUGGCUGCAGGUGCUGAACGCCUCCCACGAGGACGCUGGGGCCUACAGCUGCCGGCAGCAGCUCACGCAGCGUGUGCUGUGCCGCUUUGGUGUACGUGUGACAGAUACCCCCUCCUCAGGAGACGAUGAAGACGGGGAGGAUGUGGCUGAAGACACAGCAGGGGCCCCGUACUGGACUCGGCCUGAGCGGAUGGACAAGAAGCUGCUGGCUGUGCCAGCUGCCAACACAGUGCGCUUCCGCUGCCCAGCCGCUGGCAACCCCACGCCCUCCAUCUCCUGGCUGAAGAAUGGCAAAGAGUUCCGGGGGGAGCAUCGCAUCGGGGGCAUCAAGCUUCGGCACCAGCAGUGGAGCCUGGUCAUGGAGAGCGUGGUGCCCUCGGACCGAGGCAACUACACCUGCGUGGUGGAGAACAAGUUUGGCAGCAUCCAACAGACAUACACGCUGGACGUGCUGGAGCGCUCGCCACACCGCCCCAUCCUGCAGGCAGGGCUGCCGGCCAACCAGACGGCUGUGCUGGGGAGCGAUGUGGAGUUCCACUGCAAGGUGUACAGCGACGCACAGCCGCACAUCCAGUGGCUGAAGCACGUGGAGGUGAACGGCAGCAAGGUGGGCCCUGACGGCACACCCUACGUCACUGUGCUCAAGUCCUGGAUCAGUGAGAAUGUGGAGGCAGACGCACGCCUCCGCCUGGCCAAUGUGUCGGAGCGGGACGGGGGCGAGUACCUCUGUCGAGCCACCAAUUUCAUAGGCGUGGCCGAGAAGGCCUUUUGGCUGCGUGUUCACGGGCCCCGAGCAGCAGAGGAGGAGCUGGCGGAGGCAGACACAGCUGGCGGUGUAUACGCGGGCAUCCUCAGCUACGGGCUGGGCUUCUUCCUGUUCAUCCUGGUGGUGGCAGCUGUGACCCUCUGCCGCCUACGCAGCCCCCCUAAGAAGGGCCUGGGCUCCCCCACCGUGCACAAAGUCUCCCGCUUCCCGCUCAAGCGACAGGUAACAGUGUCCUUGGAGUCCAACUCGUCCAUGAACUCCAACACACCGCUGGUCCGCAUCGCCCGGCUGUCCUCAGGAGAGGGCCCCACGCUGGCCAAUGUGUCUGAGCUUGAGCUGCCUGCUGACCCCAAGUGGGAGCUGUCGAGGUCCCGGCUGACCCUGGGCAAGCCUCUUGGGGAGGGCUGCUUCGGCCAGGUGGUCAUGGCAGAGGCCAUCGGCAUCGACAAAGACCGGGCCGCCAGGCCUGUCACCGUGGCUGUGAAGAUGCUGAAGGACGAUGCCACCGACAAGGACCUUUCGGACCUGGUGUCGGAGAUGGAGAUGAUGAAGAUGAUCGGCAGGCACAAGAACAUCAUCAACUUGCUGGGGGCCUGCACGCAGGGCGGGCCCCUCUAUGUGCUGGUGGAGUACGCCGCCAAGGGCAACUUGCGGGAGUACUUGCGGGCACGGCGGCCCCCAGGCCUGGACUACACCUUCGACACCUGCAAGCUGCCCGAGGAGCAGCUCACCUUCAAAGACCUGGUGUCCUGUGCCUACCAGGUGGCCCGGGGCAUGGAGUACUUGGCCUCCCAGAAGUGCAUCCACAGGGACCUGGCUGCCCGAAACGUGCUGGUGACUGAGGACAACGUGAUGAAGAUUGCAGACUUCGGCCUGGCCCGGGACGUGCACAACCUCGACUACUACAAGAAGACCACCAACGGCCGGCUGCCCGUGAAGUGGAUGGCACCUGAGGCCCUGUUUGACCGAGUCUACACCCACCAGAGUGAUGUCUGGUCCUUUGGGGUCCUACUCUGGGAGAUCUUCACGCUGGGGGGCUCCCCGUAUCCUGGCAUCCCGGUGGAGGAGCUUUUCAAGCUACUGAAGGAGGGCCACCGCAUGGACAAGCCGGCCAACUGCACGCAGGACUUGUACAUGAUCAUGCGUGAGUGCUGGCAUGCUGUACCCUCGCAGAGGCCCACCUUCAAGCAGCUGGUGGAGGACCUGGACCGCAUCCUCACUGUGACGUCCACCGAUGAGUACCUGGACCUGUCGGUGCCCUUUGAGCAGUACUCACCUGGUGGCCAGGACACACCUAGCUCCAGCUCCUCUGGGGAUGACUCUGUGUUCACACACGACCUGCUGUCCCCCGCUCCGCCUGGCAGUGGGGGCCCUAGGACGUGAAAGGCAACGGCCCUGCAGGCUGAACCCCUGUCAAUGUGAGAGUGAACCAGGGCCCACCCUGCUGCCACUGGGGUGCAGCGGCCUAGGCCUGAGCCCCGUGGGGAUGGGCAUGCGGACAGAUGCUGCGCAUCUGCGUGUGUCAGAGGGAGGUCUCCCAGCCUGCAUGCGCAGUCCCUGGGACACCUGCGCUGCUGUACGAUGCCCUCCUGAGUGGCCGGCGCCAGGAGGCCGAGAGGCCUUAUUUUGGGGGCAUCAGAUGUAGAAUGUAAGGGGGCCACCCCCAGGAAGCAUCUCAGAGUGGGCUGCAACCCCCCGUCCCCAAGCUGAGCCUGCAGGGCAGCCCCUUGUGGUGAGCCCCGCACCUGCGUGGCACCUUGCACCUGGGGGCGAGCAGCAGCUCUCCUACCUCCAGGUCUCCCCACUGCCCACCCUCCCCUCAGACAAAUUACGGGUACCUGAAGGUGGGAGCCUUUACCUUCUAUCUGAAAGGUUUAUUCCAGAAACGAGUGUACAUUUCUAUAAAUAGAUGCUGUGUAUAUGGUAUAUAUACAUAUAUAUAAGAAUCUCUAUGUGGGGAAGACGGCAGUGGGCUGGGUGGGGAGACCCCGUAGGGGCAGGCGGAGGAGCAGAGGGGCUUUUCUGGCGCUGCAGUUUUGUUUUUAAAAUUGUACCUGGACCUGUAUAUUUGUAAAGCUAUUUAUCGACCCCCAAAACCCUGGUCUCCCCACGUGGAUAGUGUUUAGCCGGCCGCAUGGCAGAGAUUUAAGUUUUAACUUAUUAACAGCUGAGGUUUAUGCUGCAUUUGGAGGGGUUAUGAGAAUGUACAUCCAGCUGUGAGGCUGCCUCAUGGGCUGUGUGCUGGAGGUGAGUCCAGCGAGCGUUUUAUUUCCUUUGGCCUGUUGCAGGGGAGUUAGAUUUCUAGAAGACCUUUCCUUAGAUUUAUUUUUUUGGACUUCAGAGCAAGCUGGUAUUUUCAUACAGAUUCUUCUAAUUGCUGCAUAUUCCAGGGAGGGCCGGCCCUACGAGCAGGUUCAGAUGUUAUUAGAUGUUACAAGUUUAUAUCUAUCUAUAUAUAUAUAAUUUAUUGAGUUUUUACAAGAUGUAUUUGCUGUAGACUUAACACUUCUUACGCAACGCUUUUAGACUUUUAUAGCCCAGACUGCUACCUUUCACAGCUUGGGAGAGAAAGCCGUGAAUUCGGUUUUGUUCCCUUUUGUACUGUUCUUGGGCCCAAGUUGGGUGGCUAACCCUCGCCUGUCCAUCAACUGCUGGCCAGCCAGCAAGGCCAGGGCAACCACUGGAUCUUGGGGCCCAGCCGUGGUGGCCAGAGGUGUCGGCCCACACCAGCCGAUGUGACUUCGUUAACCCAGGUGUCCUUUCCAAGAAUAAAGAGACGACUGGUUCCAAGCUG